GGAUAAAAGUUUUGAGCUUUUCCUUCAGUUUUGGCAUCAUUGGUGCUUAGAUUUAUGAAAAAUGAAGAUAUAAAAGGGGAAUCAUAAGUGUUUUUUUUUACAUUAGCAGAAAAACUGUUGAUUAAAAUAUUUAAUCUCGGGAUACACUGAAAUUGGAGAUCUUUUAAUUAGUUUUUAAGAUCAAAAAGUGGGCUAAUUUGUUAUAUAGUUAACACUGGCCAUCAUUAUAAUCUCGAAGAGAAAUAACACGAAUUGUUUCUUCUUCUCCAAACACGUGUUCUUCAAAUUCGCUCAUAUUAUUCUCGAUUCCCACAAACAGAAAAAGAAGAUACUAAAAAUUAUAAAAUCCCGAUAAUAGAAUCAUGAAAUUGUUUCCGUUUAUGGGUGUUUUAAUUGCGUCUAAUCGGAAUCUCUUGCCGUUAUCGUCUGCUUAUCAGGGUAAUCAAAGAGGCACUACUGAUUUCAUGGAUCAUUGUGAUUGAAGUUUUGAGAGUUGGUGAAUCAGCAAGCUUCUGUUACAGAGCCUUAGCAACAGAAAGCAAACAGAAAAUGGUCAAAACUCGUGCUCAGCGUAUCAAGCGGAUGAGUGUUGUAGAUGCACUUUGCAUCCGGUCUCAGAUCUCGGUCAAAUCUGCCCGGUAUUGUAAGACAGUUAGUAAGCACCUUGCAAAGCUACAGUUAGCAGAAUCUGGAAAGAAUUCAUCAUUGGUAGUCUGUCCUAGUAUGGGGAAAACAAUGAAGUUGUAUUCGAUGGAUGCAAAGAGAUGUAAACUUUCCCUCCUCAGUACUAUUGAUCCAUCUCAAAGAACCCCUGAGGUGUUCAUGUACAUGAUAUCAUCCUAUAACGGGAUCAUCUGCUGUGUGAAUAUGAUUUAUGAUGAAGACGUAGAAAACAAGUUCUGUGAUCUCCAGAUAUGGAUAUGCAACCCCAUUACAAAGGAGACUCUCCUUCUUCCCCAAGGAACACCCUCAUUUGAGUUUGAGCCUAGUAUAGGAGUGGCUUAUGGCUCUGAUGUAAGUGACUACAAAGUUUACCGUAUUUUUUGCACUGGGAAGAUAAUUCCUGAAGAAAGAGGACCUGCAGAGGGAUUUUAUGUUCAAGAAGGUCGGUUUUUUACAAAAUACGGUCACUCUUUAGCCUAUGAAUGCGAGGUUUAUUCGUCCAGCACGGGUUCUUGGAAAAACAUUGGCACCGUGCCUUGUCUUCCUAUGAGUUGUAGUCUUAGGCCAUACAGAAGAACUGGACAUAUUUUUGUCGGAGGAAAAGUUUACUGGCUCGUUUCUUUAGAUGCGCCAGGUAAGAUUCUCUCAGUAGAUUUGGAAGGGAAAUUCGAGGUUAUAAACUUGCCUGCAUAUGCAGAUGGACUAAGAGAAGACGAGCAGAUUACAGAAGCUAGUCAUUUGAUAAACCUGAAAGGUUCUCUUGGGUUGCUCGUUCUACAUCCAGAGAACAUGGAUGUCUGGGUUUGGAAACACGACGGCGAGAGAUAUAGUUGGGUUUUUCAAUUUAAAGAUGUUGUUCCAAUAAAAGAUGAUGAAUUGAUUUUAGCCGUAACUGCAUUAGAUAACAAGAUCAUAUGUGUGAAUGAAACACAUUGGCGUAUAUAUGAUAUGGAGACUGAAAAGUGGAAGAGAAGAAAGAGCCCUCGUACUGGAUUUAGGAAUCCUGUUGUGCUCCCAUUCACCGAAAGCGUUCUUCCUUGUAACGGCGGUGUGAAACAGUAGAAGGAAACCGCAAGAGUAUCGAUGUGAUGCGGAGAUUGUUGAAUUGGUCAGGCUAUGUGUUUCUCUUAGGAACUUUCAUAUUGGUUUCUGUUUUAGGACUAUUUUUCUACAGUCAGUUUUUGUCUCUUUUUAAGAUUUUCAACUUGGUUUAUGCAUUUUCUUAUUUUAAGACUUCAUUGAAACUAAAUAAGCUGUGGUUGCUUUGUCUCUGGACAAAGUUUUAAUGUUAUAAAAACCAUUAAUGUUCUUAUGCUAUGA